GACGGGCGCAGCUCAGUCUGCCGCCUCGCCGCAUCCAGACGCACAUUCACGGCGCUGCCGCCGACAGAAACAGUCAUGUUUCACAUCUGGAACAUUUCCAGGGUCAGUCCUAUAGGCGUUGCCCGACACCGUGUGAAGUGUGCGCCGAAUUUCUCCCUUCAACAGCUUUUGUGAGAUGUUCUUCAUUUGCCAUGGCAAGAGGUCUGUUUCCAUGGGGGUUCUUCAGAAAGCCUCUGUACAUCCAGGCCAAAUUUUCCUACCUGCACAUGAAGUACCUGUUCUUCUCCUGGCUGGCUGUGUUUGUGGGGAGCUGGAUAGUUUAUGUCGAGUACUCGGCCUACACGGAGCUGUGUCGUGGGCACGACUGCAAAAAUUCAAUAUGUGACAAAUACAGAAAGGGGGUCAUCGACGGCUCGGCCUGCAGCAGCCUAUGCGAGAAAGACACACUCUACCUGGGGAAGUGCUUCACUGCCAAGCCCAACAGCCAGGUGUACUCUGGGAGCUGGGGAGACCUGGAGGGAGUCAUUAAGUGCCAGAUGGAGGAGGCUCCUCAUUAUGAUUUGGGAAGUGAGAUGGAGCCCAGGAAGGAGGCUGCAGCCUUCAACAAGCCCACCAAGGGGACCUCUGUGGAAAAGUUCAGAGAGAUGAUCCUCAACCACUUAAAGGCUAAAGUGGGGGAUCAGGCCAACCUCGCAGACCUGGCGACUCAAGUAUUGUCCAUAACAGAUGCCAACAAAGACGGUCAUAUCUCACUGCCCGAGGCUCGCUCCACAUGGGCUUUGCUGCAGCUCAAUGAAUUCCUGUUAGCAUUAGUCCUGCAAGACAGAGAGCACACACCCAGGUUGCUGGGCUUCUGUGGAGACCUGUAUGUGAUGGAGAAGGUGCCAUAUUCUCCGCUGUAUGGGAUCCGCCUACCCUGGAUCAUCGAGCUGUGGAUUCCUGCCGGCCUGCGGCGCAGCAUGGACCAGUGGUUCACCCCAUCCUGGCCACACAAGGCCAAGAUCUCCAUCGGACUACUGGAACUGGUCGAGGACGUUUUCCACGGCACUUUUGGCAGCUUCCUCAUGUGCGAUGUAAGCGCCAUCAGUUUUGGCUACAAUGACCGCCAUGACCUGAAGGUGAUGGACGCGCGAUACAUUGUUCCCGAAGCCAUCUUCCAAGAAAGCGUUAGGCAGCAGCGCUGCGACGUGGACGAGGAUUGUCUCUACGGGGCAGACUGCCUCACUUCCUGUGACCUCACCAAGCACCGCUGCACAACAGAGGUCACCAGGCCGAACUUAGCCAAAGCCUGUGAGGCACUCAAGGACUACAUUCUGAGAGGUGCCCCGUCGGAUGUGAGGGAGGAGCUGGAGAAGCAGCUGUACGCUUGCAUCGCACUGAAAGGUUCAGCAGAGCAGAUGGAGAUUGAGCACUCGCUAAUUCUGAACAACCUCAAGACUUUGCUAUGGAAGAAAAUCUCUCAUACUAAAGACUCCUAAUAAAUAAGCACAAAGGUCAAGUUUUUAAAUAAAAUACUGGCCAGUCUUUUCACUGUGGAAACAAAAGUAUAUAAUUCCCCUUAUAUUCAUCUUUACAUGUGUAACUGAUGUGUUUUAUCCUGAAGCAGAUGUUAAGGAAUGUCACUUUCAUAUUAAAUCAUAUAAGUAAACUUUAAUUUACUGGAGCAAAAUGAUCAAGUGUAGUUUUUUCUGAUUGGUAGAUUGGUAGACCAAUAAACCUG